ACGAGUACGACAGAGGAGCUACUGCCCCCUUGCGGUUACUCCGACGACUGGGAACUACCAGACCCGGCGUCAUGUACUCAGUACUACAAGUGUCUAAACGGUCAAGUUAUAACUGUACACUGUGAUGGCUAUAAUGAGUUCAGUCCUACGAAACUUGAAUGCGUACCAAGUACGGAGUCAGGAUGCGUUGCGAAAGGUCCAGUCCUGGGGUCCAGAAUGAAAGCCCUCGUUAAUUUACUCAAGAAACCCAUUAAUUUACCCAAUUGUGGUACCGAUGACGUUUGGUUACUACCAGACCCAAGGGACUGUUCGAGUUAUUACUACUGUAUUAGUGGACAAAUCGAUUCUGUCAGUUGCUGCUGUGGUUACGAAUUUAGUCCUGAACAACUUGUAUGUUUACCCAAAGAGCAGGCUAGAUGCAGAACCUCGUAUUUCCCCGAAUGUCAAGAGUAUGAUGUUUGGUCUCUGCCCAACCCGUCAUCUUGUACUAACUUCUACUGGUGCAAUAAGGGACAAGUUAUUAAAGUCAACUGCCCGUACCUUAACGAGUUCAGUCCUACAGAACUUGAAUGCUUACCAAAAGACCAAGCUGGUUGUAGUAUAACCCCCACGACCCGACACCCGGAUACACCAACCCCUUCUACGAUACCCUCUUGCGGCUUCUACGAUUAUUGGGUCCAAGGUGACCCCAGCGACUGUUCGAAGUACUUGAUCUGCAGUCAGGGAAAAAUAGAGAAGUAUGAAUGCUGUUGUGACUACGAAUUUAGUCCUAUACAGAUGGUAUGUAUACCCAAAGAGCAGGCUGGGUGCAGUGGAUUACCAUACCCUGCAUGUGGUUAUAAUGACAACUGGGCACUGCCCAGCCCAGACUCUUGUGCAGAUUUCUACCUGUGCAAUCAAGGUCAAAUUGUCACCGUUACGUGUCCAUAUCAUUAUGAAUUCAGUCCCUCAGCGCUUGAAUGUCUGCCAAAAGAAAUUGCAGGUUGUUCUCCAACAACAACACCCCCGGUUACUAGGACAACAGUUGUAUCAACAACAGUCGCAACAACAACUGUUGAUCCGGACUCUACAUGCACCAACACAAGUUUAUGGGUGCAUCCACACCCGGAGAACUGUCAACUUUACUUAAUAUGUUUUUACGGAGAUUUGACUAUUGAAAAAUGUGGCGAAACUACUUUAUUUGAUCCAGUGUCAAUGGAAUGUCGACCACAAGAACAAGUGAAUUGCCACGUCAGCACAAAAACACCUUCAACAACAGUUACAACACCUUCUCCAACAACAACAACAGUUUCUCCAACAACAACAACACUUUCUCCACCAACAACAACACCGAUCGUGUGCAACAGUUAUGAAAUCCGGUUAAUAAAAGAUGAAACAGACUGUAGGCACUUUAUACUUUGUUUGUAUGGAAAAAUGUCAAGAGAAUUAUGCGCAAAUAAUAUGGAAUUCAAUCCUAUACACCAUGUAUGUGAGCCUGCCGAAGAAGCCGGAUGUAGUAUAUCACCUCCUACCACAGUCUUGCCAACAACAAGUACAACAACAGUGACUCCUCCAACAACAACAAGUACAACAACAGUGACUCCUCCAACAACAACAAGUUCAACAACAGUGACUCCUCCAACAACAACAAGUUCAACAACAGUGACUCCUCCAACAACAACAAGUUCAACAACAGUGACUCCUCCAACAACAACAACAAGUUCAACAACAGUGACUUCUCCAACAACAACAAGUUCAACAACAGUGACUCCUCCAACAACAACAAGUUCAACAACAGUGACUCCUCCAACAACAACAAGUUCAACAACAGUGACUCCUCCAACAACAACAAGUUCAACAACAGUGACUUCUCCAACAACAACAAGUUCAACAACAGUGACUUCUCCAACAACAACAAGUUCAACAACAGUGACUUCUCCAACAACAACAAGUUCAACAACUGUGUCUCCUCCAACAACGACAGGCCCAACUACAGUAACACCAUCAUCAAAGACCCCACCAACAGGGCCUACAACGAAGGCCCCACCAACAGGGCCUACAACGAAGGCCCCACCAACAGGGCCUACC